AUGAAGGAAAUGAAAACGAUUGCCACCAUUUACGAUAGACUACGGACAGAAAUUCGAGAAGACGCCUUCCAUGUACGCCUCGCUGAAGAGAAACCAGCCAUAGAGAGGUAUUCCGAUCAGUUAGAUUACGGAAUGUCAGAGAGAAAAUACGAUUAUCGAAUGGAACUCGUCCCUGCCGUCCUCACGACGAAGACCAAGAAAAAAUGCGUGCACAUCAACUCGAGAUUUUCUCGACUAACUCCCGGAGUCAUGGCUGUUUCAGAUAUCAAUUUGGACAAAGUUUUAUCGGAGGAUAAAGAUCACGACGAGGAGAAAGGUGAAAAUGAGGAGGAGGCCGAGGACGAAGAAGGGCAGAACAAUGAAGACGACGCAGACGAAGGCGUGGACGACGACUACGCGGAUACGUACUUUGACAAUGGCGAAAACUUCCUCGACCCGGAUGACGACGCCUUAGAGGAAUCCGCCGUUUUCUGA